AUUUAGGUAACCUGCAGGAAUACCUGAUGGAAGCCCUUCGGACUAUCACUCCUGUCUCCAUCACGAGUGAUCUCCAAUGGCUAUGGCGUACCAUUUAUAACACAGGAGUACGCGGCUGUUCGGUUUGGGAUGAUGAUGCUGUCUCUGAACUUUUUCGGCACGCAAUACUGCUGAUGGAAUGCUGUGAAAAGACUCUCUCCAACGGUGCGGAUGGCUAUAUUACCGUGCAUAAAGCAAUCGCAAGCUUCCUGGUUAUCUCGGGGAAAGUGUUCCUUGCACGAGGGACGAAAGAUGCACAAGUGCGUUUGGCCUUGCAUCGUCAGGCUCUACAAGAGAUUGUAGUCUGUAAGACGCGAUUGAAUACUGCUCUACAACAAUCUACCCCGGGAGAAGAAGAAGCUCGCCUUGGAAAGAUGCUUCAAACUUGUGUGGUCUAUGAAGUCGAACAGCUCGCGUAUCUCGGGCAAUGGGAUCCCAUCACUCGGCUCAUUCAGGAAACUAGUCUCGUACCCUGUACCAACAUGGACGCACUGGAGAUGAUAGCAGAUAUAUUGUGGAAGAACAAUCAUUGCCCCAUUGGUGUGGUGCAUGCUGCCCUUGAGGCAAUCUUACGCACCAGCCUCGAAACUGACCGAUUACCUAUGGCAAAGUUCUGCAGGUGGUUGCGAGCAGUCUGCGACCUGCUACUGCAGCGGGGAGGACCAAACGAUCGCCAAAAAACGACGCACUACUUCAAGCAGGCAAUCGAUGUGCUACAGCUGUGGAAAGAUCGAGCUGAUUUCAGUGAACUGUAUCCGACAGAGGAGCGACAAUGGCUCUUUUCCACUGCGCAUAAUGCUGGUAUUGAAGACUUCCGCAUGUCCAAUGUUGAUGGAGGCCGUGCUUGGUUCGCGAUCGCUAGGAGUCUUUGCGCGUUCGUGCCGGGUGGGGAUGAGUAUCUUCGUCGGCUUGACACGGUGCAAAA